CUAGCAAAGGGUAAUUGAAUGCGAAUUCACAGGGGAUACGUACCUACAACUACCCCGACUCGACUCUUUAAUCUUCAAUUUUCCCUAAGCGCCUAACCAACUCGUAAUCUUGAAAUAUUUACACUUCUUGCGCUUCUCAAUUCCAUUCAAUCCUCUUCCCCCCUCUCGCCAAUCUUAGACGAUAGCCCUAGUAUUGCGACAUCCGACUCGCGGAUAACCGCAUGUAGUUUUUUGCGAGAGUAGACACUCCUCCAACGUAUCACCAAAAAGCCCGCGACAACCACGACAUGGCAUCCGCAGUAGAAACCCAACUCCCAAGCGCCCUCCUUAGUAGCAACCCUCUAGACAAAAGCGUAGCGCGCAAGAACCUAUCACAAGCGACUUCAUACUUAAACGCGCCUCCCUCCCCACCAGCAACCGAGUCAGACAACGAGAGCGAAAGCGACCAAUGGCGAGGGAUCUCAGAUGUGAUCUCGCAAAUACGCAACCAGGAAACGAAGCGCGAGGACGACGCGCCGUCAGACGGCUUAAUGGAACCAAAUACUGCUCCUGAUAACGCAGGUGGUAACGAACAGACGCGAAGAACGGAACAAGAGGACGACCAAGCCGAUGCGCGAAACCAAGAUACAGAACAAGAAUCCGAGGACGUAAUUUCACCAGUAACAUCCCCGCCAUACUGGACGCAUAACCCAGGCCACACGCGAGUAGCCUCGAGUACAUCUGUGGAAUCUAUACCUUUCGGCGGCAUCACGCUGCGCGAUAACGAGAAUAGUAGUCUUGAUGAGCGCGGUAGUGCGUGCUGGGCUAAGAGUGUGGAGAUUACGGAUCAUGUUACGGUUAAUGGGAGUGCGACGAAUAUUGGGGCUUUUAUAGUGUGGAAUAUUAGGGUUGAGACGUUGAGUGGCAGCUAUAUGAACAUACGGAAACGAUACUCAGAGUUCGACGAUUUCCGAUGGCGACUGAUACGCACGUUCCCGAAUUUCGAGGCGGCUGUGCCUGAAUUACCGCCUAAGAGCAUCGUGUCGAAGUUUAGACCUAGGUUUUUGGAGAAGCGCCGGGCUGGCCUGCAGUAUUUCCUAAACUGCAUAUUAUUAAACCCUGAAUUCUCGGGGUCGCCUAUCUUGAAAGAGUUCCUCUUCUCAUGACCUCUAUGCAACUACUCAGACUGAGAUGCCCAGUAGAAGGCAUCGUAUGAUCUCGACGUAUGUCACGAAGUAAUGCUAAUUCUGUACGAACACAAUUGCUUGGAUAUCCGAACCCACAAUUGGAAGUUGGGACGGAUUCGGAA